AUGUUCGGCCUCUCGCGUUGUUGCCUGCGAUAUGCGCCACGGCGACCGCCGGCGUUCGGUGCAGUCGCUGGAGGUGGGAGUCGGCCACAUCGCACAGGCGCGCCGGCGCCACGGCAAUACGAUGAACGGGCAGCUGCGAGCGCAGAGACGGCGGAAGCCGAGGUUGUUGCCGCCUCCACCUCGACAUGGGAGAACGACAAGCGUGCAGCGGCAGACCUCCCCGGCAGAGCUCAAAUAUCGCCCCCGCAACCGAAGCCCUACCGCGCAGCUGCCUCUACAGUGUCGCCCCCUCAACAGUUCCGUGUGCUUGCCAAGCCGGUGGUGCUCAAGGACGUGCAGGACAUAUAUGCCGUCACGCCAACCCAGGAAGUGCGGGGGCAGCAGCUGUGGGCAGCCACGAAGGCGCUGCGCUCCAACAAACUUGUGCGCAAGGUGAAUGCGGCCUGCGUCGUCGGAGGCGCCAGCGCGAUUCAACGUAUCUGGCGCACGUACAAGAUCCGACCGAACGUGGUGUACGUGCCGAACACCACCUCUGUAGUGCCGGCGUGGUGCCUCGAGGAGGAGCUGCCGACAGUGAUUGUGCGCUGCUCGCCUGUGGCAGUAAAGCGGCACCUGUUGAGUGCUGAGUACAGCGACGGCUACGCUGCCGAGUUUCCGCUACCCGUGAACUGCGUCACAGAGGCCACAGCACUGCUGGCCCCACCACCAAAGUCGGCCCAGAGUGAAACCGCAGUGCCAAGCACAAGCGACGCGUUACCAUCGCUGUCCGAGAAGCCCUCGGCGACAGGACCGCAGGUAGCUCAGCCCUUGGACAACGCCUUCAGCCACCGCGCUCUGGAAGCCAUGCUUGUGUUGGUGGGGUUGCGCAUCCCCAGCAACGUUGGUGCUCUGUUGCGUGCAGCUGCAGAUAUGGGCUACGAUGCUGUCGUCCUCGUCAACUGCGCCGACCCGACGCAGGAGAAGGUGCUGCGGGCAAGCGAUGGCACCGCGCUGAGUCCGGCUCUGCGCAUCUACGAGACGGAGACGACGGAGCAGGCGUGCGUGUCGCUGCUCUCGAGCAUCGCGGCGCAGCAUUACCUCAUGCCAUUUUUGGCGGUGCCGUCGCAGGAGGUCGAACCUGCCUUCGAGGUAGCGAAGCGCUUCCACGUGUAUAACGCCAGAAACAAGGAAGCGGCCGCGUCUCCGGUCAGUAGAGGUGCAGCGGCGGGUCACAGUGACGACCUCUCCGCUCCUCCGCCACCGCAGCUGGGCGCAAUGGUCAUCCUCGGCUCGGAGGCGCGGGGGCUGCGCGAUCUGAGCGGCAAAUGGGGCGUACCGUACCAGCUGGUGACGCUGCCCCUACCCAACCCGAUGGUGGAUUCGUUCAACGUGAGUGUAGCUGGGUCGGUGCUGAUGCAUCUCUUCCGCCCCAGCGCGGCGUCGCACUUCACACGACUCGUAGCGCUCUCGGGAGAAGCGGUCAGCGAUUUGUUACCUACACCGGUGGCAGAUGAUGAUGAGAGCGAUGAACACGAGGGAGUGGACGGAGAAGAUGCAGAGGCAAGUGGCUUCUAG